UUGCCUGCGUGCGAUGCGCGACUCAGAUAUUCAAUAUUCGCGUUGUUCAUCACCAUUCUUCUCAACUUUUUUUCUUGAUUGUGCUUCAAAGUAUAUUGUUUCUACUAUAUCUACGAAAUUGUUUAACCGGCUUAUUAUUGUUCAACAAUUGUUAAUCAAUGCAAAUUAAUGGCGUUAUUGUAAAACAACAACAAAGAAAAAGUGGAUUUUGGUGGACAAACUCAGAAGUAAAUUUUAUGCAAUUCAGGCCGGUAGCCAAUGCAAUAUUUUUACUUUAGACUGCAAUUACCAUCAAAAAUCCGUAAAAUAACGAGGUAUUAUCCUCGAGGAAUAAAUAGCGGUUAUUGAAUUACAUUAAUAAAAAAUUGAAUAGGAUUUCUAUCGCCAUGUCCGAUGCAGAAAAAACUGACGUGCCAUCGGAUACGCAAGAUACAUUUUUCGAGGAGAGUGAAUCAAAUUCUCAAUUUGUCAAUAAUGCGGAGAAUACUUCUAAUUGUUUAGGCGAAAGUCAAGAUUUUCAUUUAUUGGAUACUGGAGACAGUCAAGAAGAAGAACAACAACAACAACAAAUUGAUGACGAUUUGCAAGCACAAGCGGUAAUUAAUGAUUCUAAAAUUGAGGAUAUUAAUAAAGAAACUGACAUCAUAGAGAAAACAAUUGAUAAUGAACAAGAAAUUUUUGAAACAAAACAAGAAUUAAUAGCAGAGCCAAUAGAAGAGGAUGAUGAUAUUGUUCAAGGGACACCACCACCUUGUUUUUCACCGUCAAAAAAAUUAUCCGCUCUCGCUGAUAAAUCAUUGAAACGUAGAGCUGAAUUCAUUGAUGAUUCAUGUGAUGAAAAUAAAUUGCAAAUUAAAAGAAAUAAAACUGAUAAUCUUGAAGAUGAUGUUGAUGAUAUACAAAAAGAAUUGGAAUCAAUGGAAAGUGAUACAAUUGAGAUUAAAAAUGAAGAUAAAAAAAUUGAAGAAUCUAUUAUUAUUCCAGAAACACAAGAAUCAACGCAAGAUGUAUCAGAAAAAAAUUUGGAUUUAGGAAUGGAAAAUUCAUUAGAAGAAGAAUGUGAUUUAGUUAAUGAAGCAAUUAAUUCAGUUAAUGAUGGCGAUGAAAAUCAGAAUGAUUCAACUGUUGCAAAUUUUGCCGAUAAUGAUAUAUCAAAUCAAAAUGAUAAUUCAAUAAUUGGCAAAGAUAUAAAUGAAUCAAAAGAUAAUUCUCAAGAAAUUGAUUUUUCCGACAAUGUCAGUUUCGCUGAGAAUGGUGACAAUGAGAAGAAAAAUUUUAAUGAAACUGACAAUUUGAUUAAAAACGAGACAAAUGAAAAACAAAGUGAAAUUAUUGAUGAAAAAACUAAUAACAGCACUGAGAAGAAAAUUAAUGUAAAGGAAACUAAAGAAGAUGUUGAGAAAAUUAAUAAUUCUGAAGAAUUAGAGAAGGCAAAUAGUAUAGAAGAUGCUUUAAAACAAUUGGGAGGUGAAUCAGAUGCAACAGAAUCAUCAAAACAGCCAAUUAUUGAAAAAGAAUCAACUGAAUCUGAAUUAUUGGCUGUAUUAACUGAUUCCGAUACAAAUGCAGAAAUUGAUGAAAUAACUGAAAAUAAAGAAUCAUCCAUUCCAAUGGAGACCGAUGAAAUAAUUGAUUUAAAAGAAAAAAAACAAAAUGAAUUAAUUAAAUCUCGAAUGAGUAUUGAAGUGAUUUAUGAUCGUUCAUCAUUGAGUCAAGAGGCUAAAGUAAGAUUGGCAGAAAUUGUUGAAAUCGAUGAUGAAGAUGAUGGUGAAAAAAUUGUUCUUGAUUCAUCACAAGAAGAUAGUAAAAUUCAAUCAUCAGAUCUUCCAGAAACAAAAGAUGACAAUUAUAAAAGUAAUAUUGACAAUAAAAAUAAUUAUAAAUCCGUUGCCAAUAAGGAUCAUCAAAAGACUGAAACUCGUCUUAUUAAUGGCGAUGAUAUUGAGAGCGAUGAUUUAGACACAACUGUAAGUGUAAAAUCGAAUAGCGAUUCAAAGGAGAAAAUUCCAAAAGUUUUUGUUGUCAGUGAUAGUGAAGGUGAUUCAAUGCUUGAGAAUAAAUCAACAAUUGAAACACAAAUUACAACACCAAAAAUUUUACAAGUCGAAAAAGAAUUUAUUGUUUCUGUUAGAUUGAAAUGUUUAAUAUCAAUUGAUGAGAGUACAAAAGAUGUUUUAAAUAAAGAAAUAUUGGGAGUUAAUUGUGAGGCAAAUAACGAUCAAUUGAAUAGAAAUAGCGAUACAUCAACAUCGUUAGCCGAUAUUUCGGGAAAUGAUAAUAAAGAUGGAUCACCAGGUUCAGUGACAUCUGUCACAUAUCCACGUUUUUCUAUUAUGUCAACAUCAACAAUCAGCUCAACAACUUCAUCAUCAAGUUCUGGAUCAUUAGCAAUAAAAAAUUCCAAUGAUAAAUUAUUUUCAGUGCCAAAAGGUAAGGCGAAGCAUACAAAAAAAUUAUCCUACGAUGAGAAAAGUAAUUUAGAAUUUGAUAAGGAAUGGAAAAAUUCUCAUCUAGUGUCAACGACAGUUUUGAAUUUUAUCAAUAUUGAAUUAAAUAGUGUUGAUUUACAAAAUGGUGUCGAUGCAAUUGAUAAUAAUAAAAUUCGUUCAUCAACACCUGAAACAAAUAAACAAGAUACACCACAAAGACAACUUAAAAAGGGAAGGCCACCCAAGAGAUUACAAACAAGAGCCACAAGAAAAAGAACAAAAAUUAUUGCAACAAAAACAUCACCAAAUAUUAUUGAUACAAUAACUGAGGAUAGUGAUGAUUUAACUACAUUUAAAAUUAAAGAAACAAAAUCAUCAACAUUUUCAACACCUGUAAAAAAAUCAUUGGAAGGUUUAAGAAAUUCAUCAUUUUCAAGUGAUCAACCCGAUGAAUUAUUAGGAAAACAAGUAUUUGCCAAAUGGUCGGAUAAUAAUUAUUAUGCAGGACAAGUUGUUGAUAAAAAUAAGGCAAAAUAUAAAGUUAAUUUUCUUGAUGGUAAAAGUAAACAAUUGAUAGCGGAAUUUAUUAUUCCAAUAUCCGAGACAUUUGGAAAUGGUCUUUCCGUUUAUACAUUAACAAAAGAUGGUGAUUAUGGACCAUGUGGAAUGAUAGUUGACAUUUUGGAGUCAAAUAAUAAAGUGUCUUAUGUAAUUGAACCAGAUGAGGGAAAGAAAAUUACUGUUCAAAUUAAAGAUAUUUUCCUAACACCAGAUCAAGCACAAGUUUUAAAGGAGGAAGUUUGGAGUGAACAAAAGAGUCUUCCAUCGACACCGCACUCAAUUACACAGGUAACACUGGACAAUAUGGUUGAUGGUAAACGUCGUUCAAGAAGAAAUACAUCUACAGGACCAACGCCAAAAUCAAAGAAAUCAUUGACAACUUUAAUUAAUAAAACAUUUGAUGAUGAGCCAUCAGGUUCGGGUGUUGUUAUUAAAUCUAAAGAUACAAUUGAUUUGGAAAAAGAUGGUAAGACAAGUGAUUCAAAUUGUUCAAUUAAUGAGGAAGUUGGUGUUAAUGGAAUUCAAAAAGAAAUUAUUGGCACCGCUAAUGAACAAAUAACAACAAAAGGUCCACAAAGUAGAAUAAAGGGAAAACAACGAAAUCGAAAAAAGACAGAUGAUCAAGAGACUAUUGAUCUUCUUGGACCAAUACCUGAGAUUAAUUCAAAAAUUUUUGAUGGAAUGUCAUUUUUAUUAACAUGCGCUUCCGUUGAAGGUAUUGAUAGAUAUAAUGUUGACAAUGGUACAGAUUCAAAUUCAUCGGAAGUUGGAACUGAAAAUGAAGAAAUAUGGAAUGGUCGACCAUUUAUUAGGGAGCGUUUAGAACAACAACUUAUUGCUGGUGGUGGUAAAGUUUAUGAAAGUUUUGAUCUCAUACCAAUUAGUGAAUAUGAAAGCACUAAACUUAUUACAAAUUUGCCAAAUUUAACUGCAAAAAGUUUAUUAUGCCUUUCGGUUGGCAUCUCUGCUUAUAAUCACAUGUGGGUGAUACGAUCUUGUCAAAAUAACAAAUCUGUGAAUCCAUCUGAAGAAAAAUUACCAGCCGGUUGGAGUAUAGAUAGAAGAAGUUAUGUGGAAAUGUUUAAUCGACGAGAUCAAAAACCAUUGAUGCAUACUAUUGUCGUGAUUCCUUAUCAGGAAGAAUGUGACAAAAAAUUUGUUUCAUUUUGGAGUAGAAUUUGCGAGAAUGCUGGAGGAAAUGUAAGAGUCGUGGACAAUCCAGAAAUUAGUUUUAUCGAAGGAACAGUGGUUCUGACAAAUUACAGAUGCCCAUUGUGGGUAAUUGAAAAAGCUCGAGGUUGGGAAAUUCCACUUGUUUCAACUACGUGGGUUGUUCAAAGUCUAAUUGAAGGUAAAAUUCUUCCUUACGACGGACAUAAGCGUUUCAAGCCUUUUUAAUUAAUAAAAAAAAGAACUCUUAAAUUGUCCGUUUUUCUUAAUUAUAUAUAAAAAAAAAAAAACAAAAAUAUGUAUCGAAUAAUUUUUGAAGGAAUGCAACAUAAUUUAGUAAUUAAGAUUUUUUCAAGUCUUCUAAAAAUAAGUGUUUGUUUUUCCUUUUUGUUUAAGUUCUUAUAAUAUAUUAAUAUUAAUAAUAAUUAUAAUAAUAAUAAUAAUAAUAAUAAUUGUGAAUAGUCUAAAUACAAAUGUUUCUAUAAAAUUUUUGUAACAAGUAUAUAAUAUGUACUUGAAUAAUUUUGGUCCAACGAUCACACUAUUAUAAAAAACAAAUGUGUAAUUAAUUUUCUUCUUUCAUGGUGCGCAAUUGACAUGAAUAUUGUUUUUUUUUAUAGUAAUUUUUUGUUUAAGAAAUUAACGCUAUAAAGCGCGAUUUUGUGUUUAAUCUAAUUCUCAUUAUGUGGCUGAGUUUCAUGAUAAUCAAUUUUCUUUUUUGUGUAUGUUUUGGGAAGGGUAUGAUCGACAUAAAUUGUGUAUAAUUAAUAAUUAAAAUAUUCAAUUACGUAGCAAUUGAAACUUAUUUUUUUUUUGUAAAAGUCAUAGAAGAAAUAAAAAACUCGCCAUUGGGAUUUCGUGAUAUGGAUUCAUCGCAGUAGUAAUAAUAUAAGUAGUAUAUACUUAAGUCUAACAUUUUUUUGUCAUAAAAUAUUUUAGAUAGUGUAUCCUUAUAGUUUAUCUAAUUUGUGAAUCUUUAUUAUUUGAUAUUCCUUUGGAAUCAUUUAAUAAUAUACGUCAAUAAAGUUUAUUUAUAACGAA